AUGGCCGACCCCUACGAGCCACAAUUCCUGUCGCCAGCAUCCUCGGCCACUGCUGAUGAAUACUCGGCCAACCCCCGUUUCAUCGAACUCCAAGAAGAGCUUCGGUGCGUCCUCUUUGCAGGCGUAAGCUCCCAUGAUCCCAGCAAGACUACUACUCCCGAGUCCGUUUCGGAUCAACAGCGACCGCCCGAUGAACUCCCCGUCCAGCAGUCCAAGUUUGACUUCUCCAGGGUCCCCGGUAUUCCCAAGAUCAAGCUUAUUCACUACUUCAAGAACUGGAUCGUCGAGUGUGCGCCGUAUCUUGACAAGUUUGACCAUGAGCGACACUUUGGUAUCCAUGUGCCCAUCAUGGCUGAGCGGUCGCCGCCAUUAUUCUACGCCGUUUUAGCCUUUUCCGCCCGUCAGAUAGAGCGAAAAGCACUCUUGGAAAAGAGCUAUGACAGCUUGGAAUUGUAUCAGGAGUCCAUCAGGCUCCUUGCCCCCAGCUUGCAAGCCAAGGACUCCAACAUGCUGGUGACGGCUUGUGUACUCGCCGUCUUGGAGCUCAUGUCCGGCAGCCCUCGCAACUGGCGUCGCCACAUCGAAGGCUGCGCGGCCUUGUUUGAAUUCUUCGAGAUUACCGGCUUCUCGGGCGGCCUGCUGCAGGCAGUCUUCUGGUGCUAUGCACGCAUGGAACUUUGCGGAGCCAUCAUAUCCGGUGGUGCAGAGAGUACAGUCCUCCCGCUGAAUAAAUGGAUUCCUCCGUUGCCAGCAGGCGUCUCAACCAAUGAUGAAAUUGACGAAUUCGCGCGGACAACGUUCUAUCAGAGCGGGCGGGAUAAUACCGGUAUGCAUGCCAACUGGGCCGUGUAUUUGUGUGCAAAGACAUGCGACCUGACGUACCGGAGGACGAGGGUUCUAGAGCUGCAAGAACCAGACGAGUUGGAUACCAGACCGUUCGUCGAGCAAUGGACUAGACUAUGGGGCGACUUGCAGCUCUGGCUGGAAUCAAGGCCGUGGUCAAUGCUGCCAACUACUACCACGCCGCCGCUGGAGCCGUUCCAAGAGCAGGUCUUUCCCACCAUUUUGUUCUCCAAUUACCCGGCCAUCUCAUCUAACCAGAUGUACCACGCGGCAUGUAUUCUAAUGUUGGAAACACGGCCUCCAGAGGUACAAUUGCCGUCUCCACAAAGCUCGCCCAUCUGGCAUGCAAGACGAGUCUGCGGAAUAUCAUGGACGAACCCGCACAAGGCGAGCCUCAUUAAUGCUAUUCAGCCGCUCUAUCUGGCGGGGCGGCUGCUCACCCAUCCGAGCGAACAGGUUCAAGUCGCAAGGCUAUUCCGUAUCAUUGAUCGGACUACAGGGUGGGGAGCAUUAUGGCGAUUGCGGGAUCUAGAGGCAGAGUGGGGAUACAAGCCCGGCGAGAUACUGGGCAGAGCAAAUGUAUGA